CAGACAUUCACGGCAGCAACGACGAGUUUUCCGUGAGAGAAACCAUCUACAGCAAUUACUCUCCUCUUCCUUUUACCGAUGGCCAAAUUCUGAAAUGGCCCGAGUUGAAGGUGUUCAGUUUUGAAGAGCUGAAAUCUGCCACACGGAAUUUUAUAUCCGACAGAUUGGUCAGUGAAAGUGAGUUUUGCAGAGUUUACAAGGGAUGGUUGGAUGAGAAAACCCUCACCCCCGCCAAACCAGGCUCUGGAGUUGAAGUGGCCAUCAAAAUGUUCAACCCGGAAUGUGCUCAUGGGUUUUCAAUGUGGCAGGAAAUCAUACCACGGAGUCACUUUCUUGGAACACCCGACUUAAAAUAGCUAAAGGUGCAGUUCGGGGAUUAGCUUUCUUGCAUGCCAACGAAAAUAAAGUCAUAUUCAGAGAUUUCAAUACCUCAAAUAUACUUCUCGACGAGAAUUACGAUGCAAAAAUAUCAGAUUUUGGCAUAGCUAAAUUGGAACCAUCAGAGGGACAAUCACAUGUAACUACCAAGCUCAUGGGCACCUAUGGUUAUGCUGCUCCAGAAUAUGUUAUUAGAGGGAAAUUGUAUGUGAAGAGUGACGUGUAUGGAUUUGGUGUAGUGCUUCUUGAAAUACUCACAGGCUUGAGGGCACAUGACAGAAGAAGGCCAACAGGGCAGGAAGACCUGGUUGAUUGGACAAUACCUUGUUUCUCUUCUAAAGAGAAGUUGAAAAGCAUUAUGGAUGGACGGAUAAAGGAUCAAAUUUCACCCAUGGCUGCAUUAGAAUCAGCACAACUUAUUAUGAAAUGCCUAGUGCAUGCCCCUGUACUACGUCCUUCAAUGGAACAAGUACUUGAGGGAUUGGACGCCAUUCAACAUAUCCAUUCGUGA